AGAAGAAGAAGAAGAAGAAGAAGUUGUAGCCGCUACGUUGGGAAUUAAAAUGUCUGCUCCGAAAACUAUCCCGAAAGACGCGCAGGUGAUGAUCCAGAUCCUGAAGGACAUGGGGAUCACUGAGUACGAGCCUCGAGUCAUCAACCAGAUGUUGGAGUUCACCUACAGAUACGUGACGACCAUCAUCGAAGACGCCAAAAUCUACGCCACGCACGCCAAGAAGUCCAGCGUGGACGCCGACGACAUCAAACUGGCCAUCCAGUGCCGCAUGGACCAGUCGUUCACCUCGCCGCCGCCACGAGACUUCCUGUUGGAGGUGGCGAGGCAGAAGAACCAGACUCCUCUCCCGCUGAUCAAACCGUACACGGGGCCCCGCCUCCCUCCGGACCGCUACUGUCUGACGGCGCCCAACUACAGACUGAAGUCGGUUCAGAAGAAGGUGUCGUCGUCUGCCGGCAGGAUAUCGGUGCCUCGCCUCAGCGUCGGCGCCGUCUCCAGCCGGCCGAGCACACCGACCCUCGGAACGCCGUCUGUCCAGUCCGUCACCUCGAAGGUGGGAACGCCGGUGUCUCUGACGGGUCAGAGGUUCACCGUGCAGAUCCCGCCCCCCUCCCAGACGGCCGCCGCCAAAACCACCGCGGCGUCCACGCCGGCCGUCUCCAACGUCCUCAUCAACCCGUCUCUGAUUGGCUCCAAGAACAUCCUCAUCACCACCAACAUGGUGUCGCAGAACUCCGGAGAGUCGCUGAAGAGGAAGCACGAAGACGAGGACGACUACGACGCUUUAUGACGGCGACACUGAACACCUCCUCCUCCUGCUCCUCCUCCUCCUCCUCCUCCUCCUUUUUUAAACUCCUUUGUGAUAAUAAACAGGUCGACCUGCUGCUCCACGUCUCUAAAACUCCUGCUAGUUUUGCUUUUCUAGAACAUUUGUUGAACCAGAGGAACCUUCAGAACAACCAUCAUUUACAAUAAACUGCAGUAAAAUCAAA